AUGGUAGUCGCGGAUAACCACUAUCUCGGGGAUGGAGGCACGAUGUUGGGAGCAAUGGCUGGCCUCGGAGCCAUUAUGCUCGUCUUUCUGCUAUACAUAAAAAACAAAGGGUUAAAGUGGUGGGCACCAGGGAGGGGUGGUUCGUGUUGCGAAGACGCCUGCCCACCAAUUUCAACCAGAUCAGUACCAACACCUUCAGUGCCUAAUCCCAUCUCUAGUACUUCACCCAGAAAUAAACUUGUAAAAGCUUACUCCUUCGACGGCGGUGAAUCGACUACCGAAACAGAAAUGUACCUCUCCAACAAGACCCGUCAGGGAUCCAUGGUGGUACCGAUGGGACCUUCGGGUCCCUACUGCGCCCCUCGACCGAACCAAGAUUUGAUAUCGUUAGUUGAGAAAGGAAGAGUGGGCCUGAGCAGUAACAGCUCCUGCUGCAGCUCCACCACUAGCUCGAUGGGCGACAAACAGCUAGCCACCGCUUCGAAUGUCAACGACGCUCUACAAAAAACUCACACCAAUUUGCGAGAAACGAAAAUAGACAAUCAGGGCUUGGAGAUCCAAAUGGUCGACACCUCGGCGCAAAUCGACAUGAUAGACAAUAACACCAACAGAGACUGCAUCGUGGUGAUGGGUCCGGAAGCGGAAGACCGCGGCGAAAUUAUGUCGUGCGACGGGGGAUCCGGCUCGGAGCCGGAGUGCCAUCCGACGACGAGCAAGUGCGGCCACUUGGAAAUCGCCCUUCUCUAUGACGCGCCCAUGCGGAAAAUGACGGUCCACGUGCUGCAAGCCAGAGAUUUUCCCAGCAGGGAUCGCGGCCUACCCACACACACGCAGGUGAGGUUGAUUCUUCUUCCCAGCAAAAAACAAAAGCACAAAACCAAAAUCCGUUCAGGUGAAAAUCCCCAGUACAUGGAAAGUUUCGUUCUGCACAGAGUAAAUCCAGAGGACGUCAACUCUAUGGGUGUAAGACUGCGAUUAUAUGGCUGUGAACGAAUGCGCCGCGAAAGAUUAAUAGGGGAAGCCAUCGUCAGCUUCGCUAAUAUCAAUCUAGAACUCGAGAAUAACUUCUGGUUGAAUUUGGAACCAAGGGCCAAUACCACAAUGUUGGCCGGUUGCGCUGGUGAUUUAUUGAGCCUGGCAAGAUCCGAUAGCACCAGCUCAGCUCAUUCCAUGCAACACGGCGGAGUUCCCGAAUUGCUUCUAGGUUUAUGUUACAACGCGACUACCGGAAGAUUGAGCGUCGAAGUUAUUAAAGGAUCGCAUUUUAGUUACCUAGUAAGGAACUUGGCCGUUAACAGAGCACCAGAUACGUACGUAAAACUGCAUCUUGUUAGCAGUACUGGCCAGGAAUUAGCUCAGAGCAAAACAACAGUACGAAGAGGACAACCCAAUCCUUUGUUUAAGGAAACCUUCGUUUUCCAGGUGGCUCUGUUUCAAUUAGCCGAUGUUACUUUGAUGUUGUCGGUGUACAACAGGAAAGGUGUCACUAAGAAGAAGGAAAUGGUGGGUUGGUUUAGUUUAGGUUUGAAUUCGAGCGGUGCUGAGGAACUGUCCCAUUGGAUGGACAUGAAGGAAUUUCAACAGGAACAGAUAGCGCGUUGGCACAUUUUAGUUCAAUCAUAG